UCAAUAAUAGCCGACAUUAGACUUCAUUCACAUUACCAAACAAUUAAACUUUUUAAAACCACAUACCAGUAGCCAGUAUCACAUCCUUCCAAAUUGCCAACAGCUCCUUAAAUUUUCUCCUAGUCAUCUAGUCUCUAGCCAUGGUAGAAAAAGAGCAAGUAUGGCCACUAGCUCUGGCCACGGACCGUUUGAGCAGCGACGAUGGGGUGUCGGGUUUAACUGCAAAGAAAGUUUGCCGCAGAAAAUGCAUCAAAUGUUGUGGUUCCGUCGCUGCUGUAUUGCUCAUCCUAGCGAUAGUGAUGAUCAUUCUAAUUUUGACGGUGUUCCGUGUGAAGGAUCCUGAAAUAAAAUUAAAUAGCUUUACAGUAAGUCAGCUUCAACUAAUUAGCGGUACAAUUCCGAAGCCUGGUGUCAACAUGUCAUUUAUAGCAGACAUUUCUGUGAAGAAUCCAAACGUAGCUUCAUACAGAUACAGUAACACCACCACAAGCCUUUAUUACCAUGGCAUGUUUGUGGGUGAAGCCAGAGGGCCACCCGGCCGCGCCAAGGCCCAACAAACUUUGCGCAUGAAUAUGACGGUGGAUAUUAUCACAGACCGGUUGUUGUCCAGCCCGAAUUUGCAAUCGGAUUAUGCGUCUGGGCUUUUGCCUGUGGACAGCUACUCGAGAAUUGGUGGAAGGGUGAAUAUUUUGAAUGUUUUUAAGAGGCAUGUUGCCCUGAUCAUGAAUUGCAGCAUGACAUUUAAUAUUUCCAGCCAGGGAAUUCAUGAGCAGAAGUGCAAGAAAAAGGUUGAUCUUUAGAGUUUGACUGCUUAUUAUGCCUAUGAUAGCAGUUUUUGACAUGUAAAAUACGGUAGUUUUGCCUUUUGUCUUUGAUUUCCGGUUAUUAUGAUUUUCUGUAUGCUGUAAUUUUCACUCUGUAUAUAUUAUUGUACUCUUCUUAGUUUCA